AUGGCCCCUAGCCUACGAGAUUUAAUCGAUUUCCUGCUCGCAGAGGUUGCGCUCUGCGGCAAUCAAGGCGCAUCCCCCGCAGACAUUUUGUCAUACAUUGACAUCUUCUAUGCCAAAUACGCAAAUGAUGCCUCUGAGCACACUCCUGUUAUCGACAGGCGGUUUCAGGAGAAAGUAUGGCAAUGGCUAACUAAGAACCCUGAAGUUUCUGUGGGGAAGGAACGGGAAGGGAAUAAGUUGAGCCUGGAAGAGGCCGAAAGGCCUCAACAAGCGGCUGAUGAUGCGGACAAAAAAAACGUCAGUGUGUUCGUUUCCGAGGAACGGACUUGGCUUGCCAUCACCGGCCAUGAACCCGAUGAUACUAAAGUACUUCCCAUGGAAUUUGCGCUGCUCUCCAUCAUUGCAUCCCGAAAAUCCACUGGAAUAUCUCAGCCGGACCUGAUCAAGCUCAGCGGCCAGGACAAACGAUCCGUACCGAAGCGUACGGAUAUCCUGCAACAGAAAGGGUAUAUCGAGAAAAGAGCCAUCCAGCUGAAAGGUGCUCGUACCAGCCUUUGCACGCUGCGCAAGUUCCUGUCGCAAGAUGCUGUGACGUCCACCGCUGACGCUUCUGAAACCGGAGCCGUCAGGAUGAUUGAUUUCAAUGCAUUCACCGACAAGCUUUUUGGAACCUUGCGCGAGCAUCAAAUAAUUGCGCGCAAUGAUCUGAAGAAUGUGCUGGGCUUCCACGACCACUGGCAUUGGAAAGUCCUGUCUCGUGCCCUGCGGAAAUUCGAGCGUAUAGGUGUGGUCAGACGGGUUAGAGCCAUGUCGCAGUAUGCCAAUACCAUGAAUAAGUAUCAUCCUUGUGUUAUGCUCGUGCGGGAACCCACGGCGAAGGAUAUCGAGCGGUUCCACGAUUUCAGCAUGAAUUGGUAUGCAGACCUUGACAAGGGUGAUGACGUUGAGUUUGAAGACGAGGCGGAGGCGGAGGACCUAACUGGAGAAGCCUCCGCUGCAGGAGGUAUCCAGGCGAUGGAAGGAGAGGAGACCUCUGGACGUGUUCUCCCAAUCUGGAGCCCUGAUCGAAGUCUCCACAACCAAAUAUUCGAAGUGGUCGAUCAAGCUGGGACCGCAGGGUCCAGCAACUCUGAUGUCAUAAGAACCUUCUCCGGGGUCCUGUGGCGACGACCACUGGAAAAUACAUUGGCUCGUUUGUCGGAAUGCUGGCAGUUGUCACAGCCUCCAUAUCUUCGCCAUCUCGCCCUUGUGCGUGACACAGCUCUGAAUCGCACCAUCACCCACUACAUCCAUUACUCAGCAAAAAACUUCGGUAAAUUGGUUGAAGCUGGAGAGUCCUCAUGGGAAGCUGUCGAGUUCGUCCCAAGAAACAGCAAAUCAAGCUCAGUUGCUGUUCCGCCUGUGGACGCCAAGCCGCAGCUCGAUGCCUACGGACUGCCCCAGGACAUACCAACCAGCGACUUGGUAAAAAAGGGCGAUUGCUGCCUUUUAGACUGCAUGUGGAUUGUCAAACCAAAGGACUACAAUGUUUCGAGUAGCGAUCCCAAAGCGGUAAAACUGGGUGAUGGCACUUAUACCAUCCAGUAUGGAAUCAAAGGACACAAUGUGCCGUCUCCAGCCGGGAGAAAAGCCACGCCAGAUACACCCACGCGGCUGAACGUUACCGAUGAAGCGGUAUCCAGCAUAGACACAGACGAAAUCGCUACACCGGCACCCAAACGUCCAAGGAAGCCAAAACGUGAACCACCUAACUUUUCUGGCAUGUCCAAGAUAGAGCAACUGAAAGCGAUGGGUUUUGAUGAGUCGUGGACAGAAUACAGUAUCUUACUCAUUGACCGUAAAGGUCCUGGAGUAUACGUUACGCCACGAGGGCGACGAAGACCAGCUGGUAAGGAGCGAGGGCGCCCACCUGCUAGUCGCCUCGCGGUUUUCAAGUCAUCUAAAUUGGUGAAUCUUCCAUGGUUCCGAACCGAAGGCGAGAAUUUGGACAAUAGCAGACCUGCGUCCCAGUCGCCUGAACCCUCGACCAUUGAUGUGAACAUGCCGGACGCCACUGCUGCUAACUUCACUAAACGAAGUGGCGUAGAGGAAGCCAGUGCUGUGCAAGGAACGAAAAGACCCCUUGAGCAAGACAGUGCCGGCCCAGAGCCCGAUUCUAUGUCUGCCAAAGCUUCGAAGCUACGCCGCACGGGCGAUAGUACCAACGGCUCUCUUGCAUCAAAUCGCGAUGACGCCGUGAAUGAGGGUAAAUCAGAGAACCCGCCAGCCCACGAACCUAAGACGCCUAGCAACCGGGGCAAGCGGAAGAGAACUCUGUCUCCUGAGACUGGGCAUCCAGAUAGCAUUCGCGUACGGAAAAGAGGCGGCAGAGCGGCGAGGCCCCUGCAAAGUAGCCCAGAGACGAACGGGGAUGGCCCGAUAGGGACUCGUCAAAAAUCGACCAGUCGGCAAUCAGACAAAGCAUUGAAAGCCUCGAUCGCAGCCACAGGUGAUGGCGAGCCCACUGCAGAUCUACCAGCAUCGUCGCCCGUCCCUGUGAGAGACGAGAGCCCUGUACAGGCGGCACUGAAUGAGAAUAUUCCAUCUGCUUCCCAGCCUACCGCUGAACCGUCAAUCAAUGAGGAUGUGGCGCCAGGAACGCCGCGCGUGGGAGAUGGCGCUCCUUCUGUCGUUGGACCUGGAACCGUAAAUAGAAUACUCAACACCACAUCGACACCUUUGCCAGCGAGACUACAGUCGUCUAAAUCUGUCGCAUCUCAAACUGAAACUCCUGCCUCACUUGCUACGCCGACUCCAGAAACCUCAUCUAAGAGAAUUACGCGUUCAAAGCAUGUUGACAAAGGAGGCUCGGUUGCCUUCUUGCGAAGAAAAAUUGUCAUGGACCUCGUGGAAAAGGCUGGGGGCGUUUUCCCUAUGGGUUCUGACCUCUGGUACCCAUUCGUCACAGCCUGGAUGAAAACCAAAUACAAAGAGAGGCCUGAUAUGCGCACGCUCAGAACUACCGUCAAACAUCUGGUGGAUGCUGGAAAGCUCCGGCAGCAGACAUUUUGCGGUAAAGAUCGCAAAGGUGUUAUGGUCACCAAGACCGUCAUCUGUAAGGCGGAACUGGCGCCGGAUGACCCGUUUAUAAAGGACAUGCAGAAGAGAAUAUUGGCAUCAGAAGCCCGGCAUUAUUUCCCUCCUGGUGUUGAAGUUGACCCAACCCUCACGAAACAAGGACCGGGUCCUAGGAUGAUGAAACUGCCCGCCGACCUUCCUCUCGAGUCUAGCCUCACUGUGAAGCUGCAAAACAAACCAGCAAUAAUCCAGACUAUGGAGAAAAAGAAAGGAGUUUCUAUUCAACGGAGGCUCAACCGGCGGCUGGAAAUCGAACAGAUGCGCGAAUGCAUGCAAGAAAUACUCCCAUCAGGUGCCGUCAGGCUUUUGUCACGGCUCGAUACUUUUAUGCCUCCAAUUCCUGGCAUGGCUUUGCCUGGAGACAAUUCCACCUUCGGGCUUCUCACCAAGCACGGCGAGAAAAGGCACCGUCUGUAUACUAGCAGACUUGGUAAUCGUGAGCUGAAGCGCAUCUAUUCUGCUCUUUCUAUGAUGGCGCCGUACUCAAUGCUAAUGAGUCCAACUCAAUCCUUCAACCCAGUGAACGGGACUUUUUCUACUGAUGCCGGCCUUGCGACUCUUUCGUUGGUUAGAGCUCCUCAAAAGAGUGCCGAGCAGGUGUUCAGGAUGCGCGCCACGUUGAUGUUGAUGAAUCCGUACCAAUCGUUCAACCCCAGAAGUGGGACAUUCUCUACCCAUGCGGGUCUCGCAGCUGUCUACAUGUCAAGAUCUGUACCGAAGUCUGGUCAGGUUCGCAUGACACGAAAGCGAAAUGCUCACGUACCCUAUUCGCUCGACGAUCAACUCAUCCUAGCUGGGAGACGUAAUUUCCAUCUGCCAGGGGAAACAGAUUCUCGGUCAAGGGACUUCAUCCGAGACACCAACGCAAUUCUCCGGUGGGAACUCCAAAACGAGAGAGUUCUCCAAGAGAGAAGCCAGGAUACUCGCUACAUCAAUCAUGGAAUUCAAGGCACUUUUGAGAGUGCGCCGAUUGAGGGUGGAAUUCGUUUCGAUGCUGGGCAGACGGACCUCAUGUUUGAAGAACCGCCUUCCCGCUCGCGGAGACAAGCGCGACAUUGGCGACAAGAAUUUGAAACUUUGGAGGGUUCUCCAUACGAUUACGUCCUGGAAGAUCGUCCUGAUUUCGCGCAGCCCAUACAUUUGGAGACGAUGCGCAUGCGCCAAUAUAAGCCUUCUGUCCCCAUUCGACCGCGUCGCCUGGAGAAAUUGAAUGAGACGGCAUCUGUUGGAAACGAACUAGCUUCUCCUCGAGUACCGCUCCGUCGCAAUCGGAUUCCACAACCCUUCUCACGUUCGUCCUAUCAAAGACUCAUGACGGCAAUAGUCGCCGUGCGUUCCUUGGCUGGAGGCCAAAACGGCAACAUUGUCGACUGGCCCUUGAUAUCACGCUGCUUUCCAGACCAAGACCCGAAGUUCAUACAAGAUAAGGGCAAAUCGUUUCUAGCCAGGAGCCGGCUACAAGUCGCGAAGAUGCAAUACGACUUCCAAGAACGAUUCGUCGAGGCAUACGCUAACGAUGAAGUUCCUCCAAUUGAUUACGAUAACCUGGAAGGUUACGACUGGAACGCUGUGAUUGAGUGGGCCAGCGCCACUCUGGACGUCCCCAAGUCUGAUCGGACGCCGGAUCUCCCUGCCACGCGGGAGCAAUUCGACGACAUAUUUGAGCUCCGCGAAGAGCCCCUCGGCUCUUUGGAUGAAUUGUACCAGACGACGGUUUCCGUCACUCUUAACCGCAAGAAAGUGUUGAUGUCAAACGUAGCGUUUGCAGCUCCCCUACCAUCCAAGUUAGACAACAACCUCUCCCAGCGCCGCCUAGAGCUUUCUCGCCUUGAGAGCACGAAGACAUGGGUUCGAGCAAACGUCUUUACGCCGGCCGAAGUAUACCGCGCCCCAGAUGCCAAACAUAUCCUAUCGCACGUCAACGAGGCUCAUCUGAGCCACGCUCUGCAAUCCCUCGUGACCGAACGGGUCAUCUCACAGUCCAACAAGGGCCGCGUUGUCCCUGGACGCAACUACGACAUCACAGACUACUUCAUCCAAACGCUCAGCAAAAAGCGCCCGGUCGAAGCCAACGAAGUCCGGCGCGCCUCCAAAUUCAAGACGGAAACCCUCGACCCAGCGCUCAAACAAGAAGGCGUACACAGCGUCGCCUUCAACGCCGAAGACGGCGACAUCCUAGCCCUAAUCAACCUCUUCGCCGAGGGCCGAGUCAAAUUCGUCCCGCGCGACCCGCCCCGCGACAAAUUCGGUCUCACAGAUGGCGGAUACCUCACGCGCAUGAUGAACAAGGACAAACUCCGCUUCCCUGUCGACGUCUACCCCGUCAAAGGAAAAUACAUCUCAGGCAAUCCCAUAUCCGAAAACGCAGCCAAGACCCCGCACCUCAGUCCACCGCGUGUCCUUCUCCCCACCCCUAUCCACGGCAUGGCACCGGGCUCAAUCACGGGGACAGGGACCGUCUCCCUCCCCGAGAGAUUCCCUCUGUGGAUCGAUAUCCAUGGCGGCUUUAUUCAGGUCCUGUGGGAUCUUGCCGUCGGCGCUAUUCUGGGCACUCUUGCCGUUAGACCCGGCGCCUCGGCGAAGCGCCUGGCUGCUGCGAUUAGACCGACUAUGGGUGAUUGGGAGGUGCUCAUGGUGCUGGAGUGGCUGGCUGAGGUUGGAGUUGUGCAGAAGAGCGGUGGUGCUGGUGCUGGUGCUGGUGCUGGUGCUGGUGCUGUUGGUGGUCUUCGCGCCGAGGUUGAUACUGACGAAGUAUGCUGGUUUGUUAAGGAGUGGUGGUGGAUGGUUCUUUCUUGA